CAAUGACGUCAAGAUCUUUAGCAAGAUUAGGCUUUCAUUUCUCUAUUGCAGCAAUUAGCCAGGGAAUGUAUAAAAGGCUUCAGGGAGACUCACUGGGCUGCAGAGGGAGGCACUCUACUCUGCAGCGGAGGCAGAAGAUAGCAAGGAGGAAAAAGCCAGAGGGAGGGGGCAGAGGACUCAGCCGCUCCUGGAGAACCUGGAGGAAGGACAGAGUGAAACAGGCUGGGAGGAGGAGAAGAGAAAGUAUGUUGAAAACGGAGUAAAGACAGACAGACAGAAAGAAAGAGAGAAAGAAAAAAACAAACAAACAAACCCUACCCUUACAGCACAGUUAAGAAACUGGCACUGCCAAGAAGCCAGACUGCGUUUAAAGGGACAUGAAAAGCUAAAAGAAAUUUUACCAUCUCUGCAGUCUCAUAGGUGCCUGGAAAUGAAAGUUGAACUUCCUGUCUUUAACGGACUCUGACAGGGGUAAAUGGAUUAGGGACUGAGGGUGAAGCAGAGCACACAGGGGACUGACUGAGGAGGCAGAGAAGAUGGGACUUCUCAGCGUAGACCUGCUGAUCACACUGCAGAUUCUGCCAGUCUUUUUCUCCAACUGCCUCUUCCUGGCGCUCUAUGACUCGGUCAUUCUGCUCAAGCACGUGGCGCUGCUUCUCAGCCGCUCCAAGUCCACUCGUGGAGAGUGGCGGCGCAUGCUGACCUCAGAGGGAUUGCGCUGUGUCUGGAAGAGCUUCCUUCUAGAUGCCUACAAACAGGUUAAAUUGGGUGAAGAUGCUCCCAAUUCCAGUGUGGUGCAUGUGUCCAGUCCUGAAGCAGGUAACAAUUACGCCUUGCAGAAAACAUCUGGGGCAGAAUGCCACCUCCUUGACUUUGCCAGUGCAGAGCGCCCACUGGUGGUCAACUUUGGUUCAGCGACCUGACCACCUUUCACUAGGCAACUGCCAGCCUUCUGCCAGCUUGUGGAAGAAUUCUCAUCAGUGGCCGACUUCCUCUUGGUCUACAUUGAUGAGGCUCACCCCUCAGAUGGCUGGGCGGUGCCUGGGGACCCCUCUCUGUCUUUUGAGGUGAAGAAGCACCGGAGUCAAGAGGACCGGUGUACAGCGGCCCACCAGCUCCUGGAGCGUUUCUCCUUGCCGCCCCAGUGUCAAGUUGUGGCUGACCGCAUGGACAAUAAUGCCAACGUAGCUUAUGGGGUAGCCUUUGAGCGUGUGUGCAUCGUGCAGAGACAGAAAAUUGCUUAUUUAGGGGGAAAGGGUCCCUUCAGCUACAACCUCCAAGAAGUCCGCAGCUGGUUGGAGAAGAAUUUCAGCAAGAUGAAUUCUAGAUUAGCUGGUUAAAGGUGUGCUUGUAAUAGAGUUUAUUAUUUAAAAAAAAAAAGUGUAAAAGAAGUUGAGAACGGAAGUGAAUCAACUGAAUCCCACUGCCUCACCAAAAGACGGGGGACAUACCUGUCGGAAAACCAUGACUCUCUUUAACAUUGCAGCACUUCCUUUAGCACACGAAAGGCAUCGGGCUGAAGAGCAGUUCUGUUACCUUCCUUCCGAGAGAACUGAUCAGAGUUGGAGCGCAAGAAACCCUGGUGCAACGUGUGUUCACUCUUGCCUGUAAAAGAGGUGAAUCUGCCCUGUACGAGCUUUGGGACCAGAGGACAAGAGUUUCCAGAAUACUUACUGUUAAGGGAGCUACUGAUUAAAUGUCUUGUCUCGGCUGUAGUCACCAGGAGCAAACCCAACUGGAAAGUCCCCCAAAUACUUACUUACCGUGUGAUUUUGAAGCCACGCCAUGCAGUUAGGACUGAAGUGUUAAUUCUAGCCGUGCAGUGGCCUGUGCUAGCCUCUGUAGUCCAGCGUCUCAAGUGUGUAUGUAGAUCCCAAGAAUGGUACCAACCGGGAGGCUUAAGAUGGCACUGGGAGUCUGCCAGAUGGUGAAAAUCCUUGACAAUGCUCUCAAAGAGGACGGACUUGAUGAGGAAGGAUAGAGAAAGCAGAAAGAUGAGGAAAUUGCAUAGUGUUUUACCUGGAAGCUGUAGCAGAUAAGAGUGCUGUCACCUGCGCCAGCGUUGGAAGCUUUCACACAGCCGGGAAAAGAGAGAGGUUGACUGAAAACAGCACAGGGGGAAUGCACACGGAAACAAGAUUUGUAGCAAUACUCCUAGACCGGGAGGAGACGGGCAAUGGAAAAGAUAAAAGCAGGUGACUGCUUUUAAUGUGGAGAGAGUUACUUUAUGGAAUGAUAGUUGAUAUACCCAUCUCAGUGGAUGACGCCUGUUAAGGGAAAAUCCCGGGGGUCUGGUGCUGCUGGGCCGUUCCUGCCAAAUCCCUACAGUUACAAUGUUACCUUCCCCUCCAUUCUUAACCUCUGUAGCAUUGCUUUCUCUGGGUGCUGAGUGAAGGGUGAGGAAGAUAGGUACUUUAGCCAUCCAGCUCCUGUCCUCUCCUCACACAGCUGAACCUAAUGAUAAGAAUUUCUUCACUUAAACAUGAAAGCAAUUUACUCUGAUAAUUUCUGCCUACAGUUUUCAAGGCUUGGGCGGAGCUUAUUGUUGGUGCCACAGGGACUCGGUAAAAUGGAAUUUCCAUUGAUAUUUGAAUUUGGACUUGGGUUUUUCUUCAGCUGGGGUUAACCCAUUAGUUGAAGUUUAACAACUAUGUGCAAAACAUUUCUCUAUGUGAAUACAUUUCUCUUAAUAUAAAAUCAACACAGCUUUAUCUACAAGCAAUACCUAAAAAUCACAGCCUCUAAAAACAAAAACAAACAAACAAAAACCCAGACCAACCAAUGCUGUAUCAUAAUUAUAUUUUAAGCUCAAAGAAUUUCAGACCUCAACAUAUGGUUACAGUUACAUGCCAAAUCAAGGGUUUCUUGUAUCUAUUACAUAAAAUUAAAUCAUAAAAUUGAACCAUAUUGGAAAAGAUAAUCUAAAGUAAGAAAUAUCUUAUUAAAAUAGUUGUCUCAAAUGAGUAAAAUAAGAAGUGGCUAUGUUUGAAAAAAAAUAGUAUUGUUUUUAAAAAUGGAAGCAAGAAAUAAGUCAAAUUGCUAGCCCAUAUAUUAUUUAGACGGUAAAGCAUCAUUGUAGCUAAUGUUUUUGGCAGCAUCUAAGAUUGCCAGUGUUUUAAAUCCUGUGAAAGACACACCCACAAAGAAACAAAGUAAAUUUCCAGAAUGCAGCAGUGUCCAACUGUUAUAAAAUCAUAUUAAGAUAGGUUACUUCACAUUUCUCAAAUGUUAAGGCCUACAGUCAAGGCUUAUUGGUGAUUCCUCAUUAAUUUUAAAAUGGGGCUGGGAGUUAUGUGGUUCUCUAGAGAAACAAAAUGAAAAUUGGCUGCAGCACAUCCACAUCAUAGUCCACAAAUGUCCCCUUUGGUUUCCAUGUGCGAUUGUGAAGCAGAAUGUCAGAGAGUCGGUGGGGGGAUGAGUUUUGGCUAAGGUGAUGCUAGUUGUGUGGGGAAAAGAGAUGACGGGGAAAAAUCACCCAGUUGUGCUACAUUUUUAAAGAAAGAGAAGGUUGUGUGUGCAUACAAUUUGUCUUUGGGAGGACAGGCCAAUGAAGGAAAGAAGGAAGAAGAGGCAAACAUACAAAGACACAGACUGACUGUCAGGGACAUAGACAUGUUCAGGAGAACAUGGCAGAAACACUGGAUAAAAAGCUGUUGAAGGGCCCAGGAAGAAAGUGGAUUGGCAGAGCUCAGGAAUCUCAUACUAGGUGGAAUGAGUUGGUCUCCCUGGCCUAUAAUUAUAGAACCUAUUUAUCUCAAUGUAAACUUCUAUGAGUUCCUAUGAUGUGCCUUUUCUAAAAUGAACAAGAAGUCAUUCAUCCAGAGGUGAGAAAAAUCAGUGCUCAGCUAUUGUGCUCAGAGACACUGUUAGGCUGUCAGCACCCACUUACUAUCCUGCCUUUUAUAAUGUAUAUUCCUUUGAAGAGUGAUAGUUGUAAUUCUCACAAGAAAACACACACAUAUAUGUACAUAUAUUCUCACAAGGAUACAUAAUAUAUCUACAUAUGUGUGUGUUUCUUGGAGUUAUUAUUCUCAGAACAUAAACAUUUCCCCCUAGAGGAUAUCUUUACAUGGGGAUAUCAGUUUAUACUUUUAAACUUAAUUGGCCUGUCUACUAGAAACUGAAAUGGCCUGUCUACUAUUGAAAGAGUUUCUCAGAAUCUACCAUGGCACCUGGAUUUCUCAAACACUUAGCAUUUGAAAGACAUCUUAGAGCUAUUCAAAACUCUCUUCAGUUUUUUUAGUUAGAGGAAGUACUCUGGACAAUGACCUUCUUGAAUAGGCAUGAAUGAAGUACCUGCCCAGCAAAUGUAGACAUACUUCGUGCAAAUGCAAUGGACCUCUGUGGAGGCAAACAAGUCACUGUCCUGGCUCUGUGUUGCCAGUCAUUUAACACACCUGUUAACUCUGUUUACGCUUUAGAUCUAUGCUCCUGUGUCAGUCACAGAUUGCGUGCCUGACUUUUGGUAAUAUCAGCUUCUGAGUGGUCGGUUUAAUUUAGUUAAGUUACAAUAAUCAAUAGAUACUUACUUUCUGACCCCUUUGCCUGAGUGUAUUUUACUACUUGGGAUUUUGAAUAAAAUUUAUAAAAUGUGGUGAAGUCACAGGUGGGGGAUGCCUCACAUAAAAUACUGGAGGGGGAAGAUUGGGGAUGGUACUGACAGUUUUCCGAGAAUUCUCAGGUGGGUAAAUGCUGCCCUUGGCAUGCCCUGUAGCCUCUGUCCGCAGCCAGGGGCAUUUGCUGAUGUACAGGGCUUCCCAUUAUGUAAAUUGUAAGAGGACCAACCUGGACAUUAGUUCCACCUGACCUCUGACUGAUGGUUUGGAAAAUAAGUUUAAUUAGAAUCCCUUGGCUACCGCAGAGGGAGAGAUUAGGCUGAUUUCUGUCCCGUUGAGGGAUAAAUAAGGACUUGUGCCAGCGCUUCAGCUUUUCAGAACACAGCCAAUGUCAUCUCUCUUAGUGGAAAUUGACUGCAAGUCUUUUAAUGCUAGGAGCUUCCUUUAUAACAUAGCUCCAAAACAGAACUCAAGUACAUUUAGUUAUACUCCAGCUUCUACCAUCACCUUAAAUAUUGAUGUCAAACCUGCUCUUUGUAUGGACUUUCAGAGUAGACACAAGGAUCACUUGCUGCUUGGUGAUGGUACUGUCUUGGGACUGUCCUGAGUCCCUUAGAAUGGAAGGAUCUGAGGCUGCAUGAGCCAGGAAGCUGCUACCUGGGAGCAAUGACCCCCACCCCACCCCCGGCCUGAAGGGUUGGCAAAUGAAACUUCUUAUGCUUAGAGGAAGGCUGCUGAAUGUCAAUAAAUGACUUCAGGAUGAGCAAACAUCAGGUCUGUUCUUCGUGCUCUGUGUUCUAGAUAACACCAGAAACAAGGUCUCUGAUUUGACAGACUCAGCUCUGUUCUGAGGUGAGUCUGAACCAGCAAAAAGCAAACAUGUACAGAUAUCCAAACAAGACUGCUAACGCAAGCCAGGGCUUGCUGCCUGUCUCAGGCAGCAACACCAGGGCUCUAGGGAGUUUAUUUAAUAUUUACUGAGACUUCGGAGACCUAGCAGAUGUUUAAUGAAGUCACUAUUUUGGCUCAAACCGCCCUCCCCCAUCUGUUGAAAAAAAAAAUUCAAACAGGUAAACAUAAAAAUGAAUGAGGCCCACAGAAGGGGAUGGGAAAUAAAUAAAAUUCUCUCAAGACUGCUCCAGACCAUGCCAUGUGGUCGUGACAUGUUAGGCGUGGGGGAUAGGAAGACCUAUGUACCCAGUACUUAAUAACCAAAGCAAUUAAAAGAUCUUGGAUAGGGGAUAUUGGCCAGUUUUGUUUUAGUUGUGUAUCAUGUCUCCACCAGACUCAAAAGCCCAUGUGACCAGGCACCGGAAGGGGGAAACUGAGAUGUUCAGGGCUCACUGGUGUGCGAAUGAUAACUACUGACGAAAGAGUCAUCACUCAGUCUGUGGUUGGAUGUUGUCACAUGAGUCUGCCUCUCCUCAUCUCUGUCUCCUUAGCAAGGAGAACGUUUGGAUCAUGGUGCAAACAGUGCUGGGUCAAUGCAAGGAGAAUGUGUGUGUGUCCAUCUCUGCUUCUCGGUUGCAGAAAAAGAGAAAAGCUUUGGGAAUUAUCAGUAGAAAGAGUGUUAUAAUAUUGGUGCUGAGUGGUAUGUGUGCUUUUACAACUUGUUCUUAUAUUUUAAUAAACUUUGAAUAAAAGAAUAGAGUUA